AUGCUCGUCACUCAUCGCGGUGUCCUCCAGCGGAUCCAUCGUCACCGGCUGAGGAUUAGGGAAAGGAAAAGGACUCGGGGCUACUCCAUCUACGUGUACAAGGUGCUGAAGCAGGUGCACCCCGACACGGGCAUCUCGUCCAAGGCCAUGGGCAUCAUGAACUCCUUCGUCAACGACAUCUUCGAGCGCAUCGCGGGCGAGGCCUCGCGCCUGGCGCACUACAACAAGCGCUCCACCAUCACCUCGCGGGAGAUCCAGACGGCCGUGCGCCUGCUGCUGCCCGGCGAGCUGGCCAAGCACGCCGUGUCCGAGGGCACCAAGGCUGUCACCAAGUACACCAGCUCCAAGUAGGGCGCCUCGGACCGUCACUCUCAACCUAAAGGCUCUUUUCAGAGCCACCCAUAUAUUCAGUAAAAGAGUCGAUCACA